AUGUGUGAGCCACCACUGCCCUCCACUCAAGCCAUGCCUUCUGAAGUUGAAGAUAUCACCGCCGUUCUUCACGCAUACGGCGCAGCCCUGAAGAGCAGAAAUGUGGAAGAGGCUGUCGCCCUGUACACAGCCGAUGGCGUCAUUAUGCCACCGCAUUUCACAGCCGCCGCUGGCACUAAGGCGCUCCAAGAGUCCUACACCCGCAUCUUCGCGUCGAUACAGCUUGUAAUCACCUUUGACAUUGACGAGGUUGUCGUCAUGUCUCCUGAGUGGGCGUUCGCACGGACAACGGCAGCAGGCACCAAGACUAUGCUGGCGACACAGGAGUCAGAGGAACACGCCAACCAGGAGCUCUUCAUUAUGAAGAAGGAGGACGGUAGUUGGAAGAUUGCGAGAUAUGCCUUCUCGACUAUGAAACCUCUUGUCCAGAACGGCAUUCGAAGAAGUUGA